UAUAUGCUCAAAAUCGUGUCGCUGUAAUAGAAUAUAACUGCCGAUAGGAGCCGUAUAAACGAGCGGUCAUGGAACAACGUGAAAAGGGAUCAGUGCCAGUUGUCCUUCUUCUUGAUAUAUCAAACAGUGUGAAAGGAGAGGCUUUUUCUCAAAUGAAAGAGGCCUUUGUAUCAUUGAUUCAGGGUUAUGCGAAUCAGCCUCUCGUAACACACAUUAUUGCUGUUAUAACGUUUGGAAGAGAUGUUAAUAUCGUGCAAAACUUCUCUGAUGAUUACAAUACUAUCUUACACUUACUAGAUGACACAGUAUGUGAAGGACCAUCACAGUUAGGCAAAGCCCUGGAAGUAGCUAUAAACGUCUUCAAUACUAGAGAAAAUACAGGUCUGAUUGGACCAUUCUCCAAUAGGAGAAGAUUACUUAUUAUGUCUGGUGGACAUGCAACCACUGAGGAUUUUACAGAGGACAGCGAAAGAGAUAAAAAAAUGAGUAUUCUACAAUUAAUAGGACAUGUUUGCAAAGCAUUACACAUUGUGUGUGUACCGGUCGGUAGAGAUCCAGACAUGUGUUUCUUGGGCUCAAUUGCAUAUUCAUCAAAAUGUGGAAAACUUUUAAAAAUUGACGAGGCUGCACAGUUUGCAAGAUAUUCAACAAAUAUGGUAAUCGCUUCUCAAAUAAUUGGCAAAAUGCCAACAGCUGAUUAUUCUCUGGAUGAUGUAACAGCAGCUGUGUUGUCAAUAGGAGGACCAGGACUCACAACAGAGACAGAUUUGAGCGAUAUAUACGAGAUAUUGGUAAAUAGACAAGCAUAUCAGAUGAAUUUCUACUCAUGGGACAACAUCGAAAGUGAUUUACACGGCGAGAGGGAUACUAGGCUCCCACCUAUAGGAACACGCGUUCGAAGAGGACCUAAUUGGCCAUAUAUUGGACAAGACUCUGAUGCUUGUGGAACGGUUGUUGGACAUAGAACUGAUGACCAUAACGUCUCUGUUGAAUGGGAUACUAGCAUGAUAUUCCCUUACCACUAUGACACUGAUGGUUUUGAUCAAGCAUCCCAUGUUGUCGUCUGUGACGAACCUAGAAUUCUAUUACAAAGAGAGAAGAUUUCCGUAGGCUGUCUUGUUCAAAGAGGUCCAGACUGGAAGUGGUUUGACCAAUUGCAAGAUGGUGGUGAGGGUAAUAUUGGAUCGGUGUAUAGGGUGAAAGACGACAAGACUGUCCAUGUACGAUGGCCUAAUGGUAAAAAAAGUAACUACAGAUUUGGAUAUGAUGGAAUUUAUGAUGUUUCAUUGUGUGAUCCUUUUGACGAAAAAAUAAUGAGAAAAAUGAAAGAACAACGAAAUGACUGGCGCAAAAAUAAUGCACAAAUGGUGGCUUCAAAUGAUGGUACACGAAGCAAACACAACGAAAAAGGUUUUGUCAAUGAAUCGUCUAACGGACGAAGCCUUAGAGAUGUAAAUAAGAAAAAAACGAAAAAUGAUGAAAAAGAUAAGUUGGCAGAAGGAGGUAAAAGAAACAGUCCACCAAUUCAACAUGAAAUUGAUGCUUUAGGGGGAAAGAAUGCCUUAAAUUGUAACUUUAGUGAUACGCCUUUUUCUUGGGAAUGGAAGACUAGACAAGGCAAAUGGGUGUCGUUUCCAAAAUCAGAAAACGAUAAAAUUCAACAGGCUUUUGACAAAAAUAGGAAAGGUACUGUUCUGGUGAAAAUAGAUGAAGAUUUAUAUAGAGUGGUUUUGUCCAAAAUGAUUCAGAUCAAUAUCAGCAACAGAGAAUCGCUAGAAAUCAGACGCCUCAGCUGAUUUUACCUCGAUGCCGUGAUGAAUUGCAUUUCACCUUGUCCUUACAUGCAUUAAACGUAUUUCAUGAAGAUCCGAGACUCUUUAACAAUUAUGUUCAAUGUGGGGCUACAAUUGUUUUGUAAACCAGCAUACUUUUAUUCGCAGGAGCCUUGCCGUCGCGAAAAUUGCUCGCCGCGAACCAGAGUCUCUCCAAUCCAUUUUAUAACAACACUAGUGUUGAUACGGCUUUGUCGCAAUAAAUUGUCGCCGCGAACAAUGUCAUCUCAGAUAAAUCGCGAAAUAACGUUGUCGCAAAUAAAAGUUGGUUUACAGUAUAUAUUAAGUAAUUAUAAAUAAAAUUGAUGUGAUAAGACAAAAGUAAAUAAAAAAAUAAUCAUGCAGAUCUCACAUCAGAUCUGUCAAAUGUGACGUUUUCACUUGUUGUGUUUGUCUAAUUGCCAAUGUCGUGUCAUAAUUGAAGACCCAAUCAUAUCAUGUUUUACACAAUCAUAUC